UCGUCGUGUACUCCAGAAAUUGAAUCGAAAAUUUUCCAAAAUCACAACGAAUCAGCAAGCAACCAGUUUCUUAUCGAUCCGUCCUUCUCCGUGUUUAUAUUGUGUUGAAAUAUUGGCAUCAACUGAAGCAUUAACUCUGCAUUUUUGUUUUCUUGUUUUUAAUAUUUUUUUAAUAUAUUUAACCUGUUAUUGGAAAUUGUGUAUACAUUUGAUAUGUUGAGGUAGGUGGCGUCAAAGAAGCUUGCUCAGCUGGUGUUUUAUUGAAAUCAACUUGCAUUCGAAUGUCAACAUUUUUACUAUAAAGUUGUUGUCGUCGACGUCGACGUUGUCGUGUCGGUUGUCUUUUUUGAUUAUAGUUCAUGUAGUUGAUUUUAAUUUUCAUCUCGAUACCGCCCUCCCCGCCGCCGCCGCUGCUGUCUGAGCGAUCCGCGACUCAAUUUGGAACGCUUUUAUUCAUUUGCAUUUUAAAGAAAAAGUUGUUUUGGAGAGACAAACCUACACAACACAACACACAUUCGUUAAGGAUAGAAUCCGAGUCAGAGGAGGAGACUAUCGUCACAUUGCUGAUGGUCUGACAUUAAAAUGUUGCCCUUCAAUUAUGUGCAAUUCAUGGGAUGUGACAAUGGCAGAGAAAUAAGUAGCGUUGUAGCAAGAUACCAAAGAAAUGGAGUCAGCGUUGAAGGAGCCACUCACAAACAAGUUGUUGACUUAAUAAAAUCUGGGGGAGAUUGUUUAACUCUGACUGUUAUAUCAGUAACACAGCAAGAAGCAGAAAGACUGGAACCGCAAGAAGACCAAAGUGGUUAUUCAUACAUCGACUAUUCUGAAAAGCGAUCAUUGCCAAUAAGCAUCCCAGACUAUAACAUUAUUAAUCGAAAUGGCGAACGCUACAUUGUGUUCAACAUUCACAUGGCGGGCCGCCAACUAUGCUCGCGGCGAUAUCGUGAAUUUUCCAACCUACAUGCGAUACUACGAAAAGAAUUCGUAGGCUUCAAUUUUCCAAAGCUGCCAGGCAAAUGGCCAUUCCAACUAAGCGAACAACAACUAGACAGUCGUCGUCGUGGUCUCGAACAGUAUCUCGAGAAAGUUUGUGCGGUUCGUGUGAUAGCCGAAAGUGAUGCAGUUCAAGAUUUUCUUACCGAUUCGGAAGAUGAUCUAUCUGCAUCUCCAGUGGACAUAAAGGUGAUGCUGCCGCAUCACGAAGUUGUUACGGUAUCAGUAAAGAAAUCAGCAAAUGCACAGCUUGUCUGGGAGGUUCUUGUGCAAAGGGCGAAUCUCACAUCUUAUACUCAGCAAUAUUUCUAUCUAUUUGAGAUUGUGGAGUAUAAUUUUGAAAGGAAAUUGCAACCGCAUGAAGUGCCACAUCAACUCUAUGUUCAGAAUUACAGUACUGCGUCGAGUACAUGCUUGUGUGUACGACGAUGGUUAUUUUCUAUAACUAAAGAAUUAUCUCUUCCCGAUGGAGAGCAGGCGGCGAAAUUUAUAUUUUAUCAGUCUGUAGAUGAAGUGAAUCGUGGCAAUAUUAGAGCCGAAGGACGGUUAUAUGAGUUGAAAGCUCUACAAGAUGCCAAAAAAGCAUCUGAAUAUUUGGCAUUAGCUAGAACUUUACCUGGAUAUGGUGAUGUUGUAUUUCCCCACUGUUCCUGUGAUAGUCGCAAAGAAGGGCAUGUAGUUCCAGCUGUUGGUAUGAAAAGUUUCCGUUUGCAUGCAUGUCGUGAAGAUGGUGCAUUAGAAGCCCAAAUGGUAGAACUAACGUGGGAUACAAUAACCCGAUGGGAAAGUGACGAAGAGUCAAUGUCAUUUUGUUUUCAGUAUAAUCGUCCCGACAAACCUCCACGAUGGGUUAAAGUUUAUACACCAUAUCACGCAUUUCUGUCGGAUUGUUUUGAUCGAAUAAUAGAAGAAAAAAAGUGGGAAGACAGUGGUGACUAACAAAAUUAGUUUAAUCAAAAAAGUAAAAUAAAUUAAAAUAAAAAACAUUAAGUAAAAUUUACUCACCCGACCUUCUCUCUCUCUCUCUCACUCUCUCUAUCGAUCUAUCUAACUUUCUGUCUCUCUCUCUGUCUCUCUUAGUUGUAAGCUCAUUCACAAUAUUAACACAGAUUAUUAUAAAUAAUUUUGUUUUCUUUUUUGCAUUCACUAUAAACAAUUUAUUAUAUUAUAUUGCUUUAUGAUUAAAUAAAUUAAUUCAUUUGUACACUAUAUUUUGUACAAAAUAAAAAACAAAACAAAUUCUACAAUAAGUAAAAAUUUAAGAAAAAUAAUAGUUUUUGACCAAAAAAAAAAGUUUAACGAACAAAUUUAGUAAAUAUCUUAUUUUGUUUGUUUAUUUAACAUCACUGUCUAUUUAAAUUUAUGUUUAUAAAACACACACAAACAAAAAACUAAUAUAUGUGAAAUAUAAGGGGCUAAUUGCAAUGCACCAAUAGAAAAGUCUCAAAGUGGGAAUAUAAUCCAGAAGAUCGUAAUUAUAGUUAAUUAGAAUAUACUUUUACCUAUAUAAGAAUUGUUGAAAAUGCCUUUAUAUUUUUGUUGAAGAAAAUAUACCAAUUUUUUCCUCCCUUUAAUUCUUAAAAAUAUUAAUUCUCUAUGUCAAGAGAGAAUCUUUAAAUUUGUCAAUUUAUAAAGAAAAACUUGAUCCAUUUUUCUAAAAAUAAAUGUAUUCAAAAUGUUAAACAAAUCUUUAUAAAAAAAAAAAAAUCUUCAAUUUUUUAACAAAUUAAAAAAGAAAGAUUAUUGAAAAUUGCUUGAAUGACUGUAUUUCUGAAAUCCAAGAAUUUAAAAGGGCAUGUAAAAUAAUUGUAAAUCAACAAAAGAAAAUUGUAAGUCUGUCUAACAUUUAUUGUAUUUUUUGUUUUAAUUUUAAUAAUUAAUUUUGUAUGUAUGUUGUGCUUAUUUAGGGCUUGCUUUUUGAUGCUUAAGUAAAGUCAAGAGAAUUACAUCACAGAAACUGUAUGUGAGGUAUGCAUAAUUGAGUCUUGAACGUAACUCAUAGAGUCAUAUGGAGCCUUUCUUACAAAAUGUGCGUACAUAAGAUUUGAAGUUCUUAAUAUUCUUAUUGUUUUAUUAAACCUACAAAAGCGAAAACGAUAAUCGUAAUAAGAAUGAAUUCUUUUGUGAGUAUUGUAUGAAUGUAAUUUGUUGUUAAAUUAUAAAUCAAACACAUGGUAUCCACAAAAAUGCCUUUGGUUUGUUUAUGACAUUGCUCCAAAAUGUAUUUAUGUUUGGAUCAAAUAUUAAAAUUCUUUCUAAAACAAUGUGAAACGAGUCCUAAUAUAAUGCAUGAGUCAUUAGUAUUUUUGUAACGAAACAUUUCCAAUUGUAAAUUUUUGUUUUUCCAGAGAGUGGACUGAACUCUUAAUAAAAAAAAAAACAUUGUAAAACCCCCCAUGACGAAUUAAAUACAAAUUACAAGGUCUGAAAUUAUUUUGUCUUUGUUCAACUAAGGUGAUCUGUUUCCAUCGUUUUGACAACGCGGUCUCUUUAAAGCUUACAUUUUUCAGAAUAGAAUUCUUUAAAAAUUUAAAUCUUUAUCUACUCGUAUGAGUCUGCCUUGUCUGACAAAACGUGUUCCAAGCACAACAUUUAACAAUUAAAAUUUUCGUUUCGAUCUUAAAAAUUGUGAUUGAUUAAAAAUAAACAAUUUUAUUCUUCACUACAUUUCCUUUUUCACUGUUUACUUGGUUUAAUCUUGUCCACUUCUCUUAUUGUAUUAUAUUGGUGAUAUCUUUAUUUUAUUAUUAUUAUUUUUGAUUUUUUUUUUAAAUAUGUAGGAACCCUCCUACAGUCAUUUUCCAAAUGUGUGGCCAUAAUUUAAAAAUUAUUUGUAUACCUUCCUAUUUGUUUUUAAACAAACUUAUUUAUUUCUAUUCAAAAUUACAUCUCAUCAAAAUGAAUUAUAAUACAAAAAAAAUAAAUAAACAAUUUCAUUUAUGAGUAUAGAAUCACUUAAAAAAAAUAAACAUAAAUAAAAAAAAUUUAAACAUUCCACUUAAACAUAUUUUUUAAUAAACAAGAAAAAUAAAUAGUAGAAAACUGCACCGAUUUUAAGAUUAUUAAAAUUAAAGUGAUUUUACAACUUUAAUUAAAACAACACUGAAAAUAUUUAGACAUAUAAAAUUAAAAUGCAAUAAUUAAUUAAAUAAACAAUUUAAAAUCAUUACAUGAUCAACAAACGUGGGUGUACAAUUUCAUUAUUAGAGUUAAUUAUAUUUAAACAAAAAACAAAUAAGAGAAUUGUAAAAAAACAACAUUUUUUAAAUCCAAUACAAUUUUUAUAUUUCAUUUAUAUAUAUCGUCCAUUGAAAUUAAACUUUUUAUUUUGUUAUUGUAUAUUUUAUUUUAUAUUUUAAAUAAAGGAUCAAUGAUUUUCUAAAAAUUAUUGAUUCUAUUCUAUUUUAUGUUGACUUUAGUUUAUUUUGCUAUAGCAACAAUAUUGCCGAAAAAAAAGAAGAUAAGAAAAAAUACAUUAUGUUAUGAACAAAAUAUGUAAUUUAUGAUUUUAGCAAAGGAAACAAAUAAUAUGUUAUAGUAUAUAUUAUCUAUAUAUAAAUAUUAUUAUUAUUAACUUAAUAAUUGUGAUUAGUUAAAAAAUGAUAAAAAUAAAUAAAACAAUUAAACAAAUCUCAUGCAAAAUCGUGAA